CGAAGCCGAAGCCCAUUUCCACGGGAGCGGAGCGGAGGGCGUCCGCUUCGUCGCCGAUCUCCUCUCCGCCGGCGAAUCGCCCCCAAAUCGGCGGCGGCUGCUCUCGCGUGCUGCGGAUUCCCCGCCGCGGUCGCCGCAAAUUGAUGCGGUAGAAGAAGUUCCUGCUAACCUCCCGGUUCGCGAUGCUGCGGAAGGUGGCCGUUGCCUUCCUCGCCUCCGCCGCCCUCUACGUCGCCUUCUCCGCCUACUCCCGCCGCGAGAGUCUUGCGGAGGUUCAGUUACCUGUGGUUACUAACAGGGUUUACUUGGAUGUGGAAAUUGAUGGGCAACAUAUAGGUAGAAUUGUCAUUGGCCUUUAUGGAGAUGAUGUACCAAAAACAGUUGAAAAUUUUAGGGCUCUUUGUACAGGUGAAAAGGGCAUUGGGUCCAAUGGUAAAUCUCUUCACUAUAAAGGAACAACAUUUCAUCGUAUCAUCCCAGGUUUUAUGAUUCAGGGUGGGGAUAUAGUUAGAGGUGAUGGAAAAGGAAGCGAGUCUAUAUAUGGGGGCACCUUCCCAGAUGAGAACUUCAUUGUAAAACACACACACCCAGGGGUUAUUGCUAUGGCAAACUCUGGACCUGAUUCUAAUGGAUCUCAGUUUUACAUUACCACAAUCAAGACAAGCUGGUUGGAUCGGGAGCAUGUUGUGUUUGGCAGGGUAAUUCAGGGAAUGGAUUACGUUUACGCCAUUGAGGGGGGCGCUGGCACUUACAAUGGCAAGCCAAGGAAGAAGGUUGUAAUCACCGACUCUGGUGAGAUACCAAAGGAGAAAUGGGCCGAAGAGAUAUAGGCCAUUCGAUACUUUGGUCCAAGGAGAAUGGCUCGAAGAAAUAUUUGGUACCUCAUUUUGUGCUGUACUUUUUGGGUAGCACAACAAUUUUCCACCACAUGCUGUUUUCACCUGUCUCCAUGUGCCACAGGUAAGGUUGUACAUUGUACUUGGUUCAUUAUCAAUCGAAUCCCACUUGCUGA